AUGUCAUUGUGUCGAAGUCAGUUUUUCUUUGUGAAAAACACUUCUUUGCUUAGUGUGGGGCUUAAGGGAGGCCCAGGCAAGCAACUGUCGCGACUCUUAUACAAAAGUCAGCCUAAGCCAAAGAUUAGAGUGUUGGGGUCAAGUUUUUUCAAGACAUCUCCUCCUUCGAUUGCAUCAAAGGUUUACGGUAUGAAGCGCACAAAUGGCCAGUCUUUGUUCGACCAAAAGAGACAGUUCAGCACCUCGAAGACCAUUUUCGAAGAAGCCAGAGUAGUUAAGAAAUCUAAAUGGCCUGCCAAUUCCAAUAUAAAGCUGGGAUACUUGUGUAUCGGGACUUCAGUCCUGGUUUUUGCAAUCGUUAUUCUUGGAGGGCUUACAAGGUUGACCGAGUCCGGUUUAUCGAUUACUGAAUGGAAGCCGGUGACAGGAGCCAUUCCUCCGAUGUCUCAUGAGGACUGGGAAGAAGAGUUUCGCAAAUACCAGGACUCUCCCGAGUUCAAAUUGCUGAACUCUCACAUUACGCUAGAGGAAUUCAAAUUCAUUUUCUUAAUGGAGUGGUCUCAUAGGCUGUUGGGAAGGAUUAUUGGAACGGUGUUUGUUCUUCCAACUCUUUAUUUCAUAGCCCGCAGACAAGUUUCACCGCCCGUUGCAUUUAAACUUUUGGGCAUUUGUGCUCUUAUCGGCCUUCAAGGUGCUAUUGGAUGGUGGAUGGUGUACUCGGGAAUCGACGAGAAACUUCUUGAGGAGCGCAGAUCGAAACCAACUGUCUCGCAGUAUAGACUCACGGCGCAUUUGGCUGCUGCAUUUUUGGUUUAUUGCACUAUGAUAUCUACAGGUUUUGGAAUAUUGAGAGACCAUGCUAUCAUGAAAGACCCACAAACUUACCUCGAGACCUUCCAAAAAAUUCAGUCACCAUCGCUCAAAUUGUUUCGCCGGCUGAGUAAAGGCUUGCUCGGUUUAGUCUUCUUAACAGCCAUGUCGGGAGCCAUGGUCGCUGGGUUGGAUGCAGGUCUGAUUUACAAUACUUUCCCCCACAUGGGAGACGACUACCUUCCAUCAAUGAAUGAGCUUAUGUCUCCAGUGUUUUCCAGACUUGCUGACCAAUCUGAUUUGUUCUGGAGAAACAUGUUUGAGAAUCCAGCUACCGUGCAAUUAAAUCACCGUAUACUCGCCAUCACCACUUUCUGUUCUGUGCUUGCUCUUCACAUGUACUCUCACAGAAUCAAAACAAUCAUGCCAAGGCAUGCCUACAAAUGGCUUAACAUUUCAAUGGGACUAGUCUCGCUACAAGUGGCACUUGGAAUUUGUACACUAUUAUGGUUGGUUCCAACCGAGUUGGCAGCAGCGCACCAAGGAGGUGCUCUGGCCCUUCUCACCGGUAUUUUGAUGACCGUGUGCCACUUGAAGAAGCCAAAUAAAACAAACCUAAUGUUGCUCAAGAACUUCCUCCAUAAGGCAAAGACUAACAGUGCGGUUUUGAAAUAA